GGUUUCUCCACUUCCACCGUCGUCUGUCAUUCUCCUCUCCACAGUGAUCUUUGUGGCAUUCCAAUCCCGCCUCCCUAGUCGGUUGUAUAUAAGCAAAGGAGAUGGAGAAGUUGGAAGAUCUGAAAAUCGUGGCGGAGCAGUGGUGGAAUCAAGGCAUUGAGUAUCUUCAGAAGAUACCACCGAAUCAGCUCUAUGCAGCCAUUGGUGUUCUCUUGUUCACAACCGUUUUGCUACUCUUAUCAUUUCGAUUGGUGAGACGCACCAAAUCCAACACUGUGCUUCUUUCUGGUCUAACCGGAAGUGGAAAGACUGUGCUCUUCUAUCAACUCCGAGAUGGAUCAUCUCAUCAGGGCACUGUUACAUCAAUGGAACCCAAUGAAGGCACUUUCAUUUUCCACACUGAAAACUCUAAGAAAGGAAAAAUCAAGCCUGUUCAUCUUGUUGAUGUUCCUGGGCACUCUCGGCUUCGACCUAAGCUAGAAGAGUUCUUGCCCCAAGCAGCUGCCAUUGUCUUUGUUGUAGACGCCUUGGAGUUCCUCCCAAACUGUCGUGCAGCUUCAGAGUACCUAUACGACAUUCUGACCAAUGCCAACGUUGUCAAGAAGAAGAUACCAGUCCUCCUUUGCUGUAACAAGACAGAUAAACUCACCGCACACACCAAGGAGUUCAUCAGGAAGCAGAUGGAGAAAGAAAUUGAGAAACUAAGGGCUUCAAGGAGUGCAGUAUCUACAGCUGACAUAGCCAAUGACUUCACAAUCGGAAUCGAAGGAGAAGUGUUCUCCUUCUCGCAUUGCGGUAACAAAGUCACUGUCGCUGAAGCAUCUGGACUCAAUGGAGAAACUGUUCAAAUCCAAGACUUCAUUCGAGAAUACAUCAAACCCUGAGAGCCCAAUCUAUCAAAUCCUUAUCAUAGACUUCUUAUGCACUUGGUCUGUGACUGUCAUUGGAGUUUAGAGAUCUUUUUUUGUAUAUGAGUUGUUGUCUGAGAUCUUUCGAAAGGUUAAAGGACUUUAGUACUAAAAAAAGAGAAAUGUUAAACAAAACUUGAAACUAGUACAUAUAUGAGUGUU